ACCUUCACUAUCAGCUCAUCGUUCUGUUUGACUGUGUGGUGAUCUGCUCCUGUUUGCUCUCGCUCAUCCUCUGCACACGCUCAGUCUACAACGGCAUGCUCUUGCAGUUUGAGUACACCACAUUCUCAUCCAUUUACCUCAAUAAAAGAGUUUGCUGGUCUGAGAGAAUGGAGUUCAUCAACGGCUGGUACAUUCUCAUCGUCAUCAGUGACACACUGACUAUUGCAGGAUCAGUUCUCAAAAUAUGCAUACAGAGCAAGGAACUGACAAGUUAUGAUGUGUGCAGUAUUUUACUGGGCACAGCAACAAUGCUGGUGUGGAUUGGAGUAAUGCAUUACCUGAGGUUCUUUCAGAAAUAUUAUAUCCUCAUCCUCACUCUGCAGGCUGCACUUCCUAACGUCAUCCGAUUCUCCUUCUGCGCUGUUAUGAUCUUUCUUAGCUACUGCUUCUGCGGAUGGAUCGUUUUGGGGCCACACCAUGAAAACUUUCGGACAUUUAAUAUGGUAGCUAACUGCCUUUUUUCCAUGAUUAACGGGGAUGAAAUCUACUCAACCUUCACCAAAAUCCGAGACAAGAACAAUCUGGUGUGGAUGUUCAGCAUAAUGUAUAUCUACACCUUCGUCCCACUCUUUACAUUCAUGAUUCUGAGCCUCUUCAUCGCCCUUAUCACAGACACCUAUGAAACCAUCAAGCACUAUCAGAAGCAUGGAGCGCCGCUUUCAGAGCUGCAGGCUUUCAUAGCUGAAUGCAAAGACCCACCGAAGUCGGGGAAGAACACUGUGGAUGAGCAAUCCUCCAACUUCUGGUGCCUUUGUGCUCCUUGUGUGAACUGCACCUGAAACAGAUGAGAAAACUGCAUUGC